GNCGGUGACGGUCCCCGGCGCGGCGGGCCCGGCGCGGCCGCUGGCGGAGCAUGAGGGAGCCAUGAGCCCGCUGCGGGGGUGGCUGCUGGCCGCGCUGCUCUCGCUCGCCCCGCGGGCAGGUGCUGCCGCGCAGGCCGGAGCGCUGCCGCGGAGGCUCCCGCGGGCCGCAUGGCAGGAGGGGCGGGUGCUCUCCCAAAUCACCCACCCCAGCCGGCUGGUGGGGCAGAGCUCGGGCGGAGAAGUCCCAAAGCAUCAGCUGGACACCAGGGUCAGGCAUGAGCCCGGAGGAGGAGGAGGAGGAGGACCCGGGCUGCACCUGGCACAGGUGAGCUUCAUGGUGCGUGCCUUCGGCUCAGCCUUCACCCUCGAUCUCCGGCUGAACCACCACCUCCUCGCCUCCCACUACGUGGAGCGGCACGUCGGCGCGGGCAGCAACGGCAGCCACAGCACGGGCGCGGGGGAGCACUGCUACUACCAGGGCCGGCUCCGGGGGCAGCCCCGCUCCUUCGCCGCUCUCUCCAGCUGCCAGGGCCUGCGCGGGGUCUUCUCGGACGGCCGAGCCACGUACCUGAUCGAGCCCCAGGCGGGCGCCGAGCGCGGGCAGGGUCUUCGACCACACAUCGUGCAGCGCAUCCCCAGCUGCCCCCGACUGGGCUGCCUCUUCCCUGCGCUGAGCCAGCGUGUCCCGGGUGGGAUUCCAAAGCUGCGGCGGCGGCGGCAGGUCCGCCGAGCCCAGCACACGGUGCACAGCGAGACCAAGUACAUCGAGCUGGCCGUGGUGAACGACCACCAGCUGUUCCUGCAGCUCCGCAAGUCCGUAGUUCUCACCAGCAACUUCGCCAAGUCCGUGGUCAACCUGGCUGACAUGAUCUACAAGGAGCAGCUGAACACUCGCAUCGUGCUGGUGGCCAUGGAGACGUGGGCGGCCGAGGACCGGAUCCGGAUGGGGCAAGACUCCCUGGAGACCCUGAACGAGUUUGUGAAGUACCGGCGCGAGGGGCUGGCAGAGCACAGUGACACCGUCCACCUCUUCUCGGGUCGGACGUUUCAGAGCAGCCGCAGCGGCACCGCCUUUGUCGGGGGCAUCUGCUCCCCUGCCCGCGCCGGCGGCGUCAACGAGUACGGCAACGUGGCGGCCAUGGCGGUGACACUGGCGCAGACCCUGGGGCAGAACGUGGGCAUGAUGUGGAACAAGCACCGCACUGCCGCAGGGGACUGCCGCUGCCCGGACUCGUGGCUGGGCUGCAUCAUGGAGGACACAGGGUACUACCUCCCGCGGAAGUUCUCCCGCUGCAGCAUCGAUGAGUACAACCAGUUCCUGCAGGACGGCGGCGGCAGCUGCCUCUUCAACAAACCCCUGAAGCUCCUGGACCCCCCGGAGUGCGGCAAUGGCUUCGUGGAGGCGGGCGAGGAGUGCGACUGCGGCUCGCUGGCGGAGUGUGCGAGGAGCGGCGGAAACUGCUGCAAGAAAUGCACCCUGACCCACGACGCCAUGUGCAGCGAUGGGCUCUGCUGCAAGGGCUGCAAGUACGAGCCACGUGGAGUGUCCUGCCGGGAGGCUGUGAACGAGUGUGACAUCCCCGAGACCUGCACCGGGGACUCCAGCCAGUGUCCCCCCAACCUCCACAAGCUGGACGGAUACUUCUGUGAGAACGAGCAGGGACGAUGCUACGGCGGGCGCUGCAAAACUCGGGACCGUCAGUGCAACGCGCUGUGGGGCCGCAGCUCGGCCGAGCGCUUCUGCUACGAGAAGCUGAACGUGGAGGGGACGGAGCGGGGGAACUGCGGGCGCGAGGGCCUGGGCUGGCUGCAGUGCAACAAGCAGGACGUCCUCUGCGGCUUCCUCCUCUGCGCCAACAUCUCGGGCUCGCCGCGGCUGGGGGAGCUCAGCGGGGAGAUCGCCACCACCACCUUCUACCACCAGAACCGCUACGUGGACUGCAGGGGCGGCCACGUGCAGCUGGUGGACGGCUCGGACCUGAGCUACGUGGAGGACGGGACGCCCUGCGGGCCCGGAAUGCUCUGUCUCGACCGCAAAUGCCUUCCAGCCACCGCCUUUAACUUCAGCUCCUGCCCCGGCAGCUGGGACGGGAAAAUCUGCUUCGACCACGGGGUUUGCAGCAACGAGGGGAAGUGCAUCUGCCGGGCGGAGUGGACGGGGAAGGACUGCAGCGUCUACGACCCCAUCCCGGAGCCGAAGCCCACGGGGGAGACGGAGCGAUACAAGGGUCCCAGUGGCACCAAUAUCAUUAUCGGCUCCAUCGCGGGGGCCGUGCUGGUGGCUGCCAUCGUCCUAGGGGGGACAGGCUGGGGAUUUAAGAACAUCCGCCGAGGAAGGUACGACCCGGCGCAGCAGGGAGUGUAACCGUGUCCCCCCCAUCGUCUCGUCACCGUCCCUGUCACCGUCACCGUCCGGCAGCCUGACGGCGUGGGAGCCCCCGGGCCCGUCUGUCCGUGUGCUGUGUGUCCGGCCGUGCUGUCUCCAUCUCUGUGCCCCCGGGGCUGAAGGGCAGCAGCGGCUGGGGGGUUCUGGCAGCAGCCCCUCCCCCGGCGCUGGCUCACUUCAGCUCAGUGUCCCCCGUGUGUCACCCCCCUGUCGCAGCCCCCCACUAAACGCACCCCACUUCUGU